UUUGUCGAAUUUUGAGGUUGAGUUUUCUAAAUGUUCUAAAUGUUAAUUAUGCUAAUUAGUUGGUUAAUGAGAAAUCAAUAAUUUUUUUUAGUGUCAACUUAGAAUUGAAAAUGAUCCCGUUAUUAAGACUUACUAGGAAUGUAGUCUCUACCGUCUCCCAAACAAGGCAAAUUUCUAUUUUUCCGAAGUUGCAGCUAAAAGAAAUUCGAGAAGUUCAGAAAAAUGACAAGGAGUUAGUGAUCUAUGGUGAAAUUGUUUCCUCAGAAAGAGAACCAUUUUUAUUGAAGAACAAACAUCCUACUGCAUGUCCCAUAUGUGCCAGUGGCAUUCAAAUAAAACAUACAGAUGUACUAAUCAUCAGCCAGUUUGUGCGGUCCGAUGGUUGCAUGUUACCCAGAAGGAUAACAGGAUUGUGCAGGACACAACAGAAACGCAUGUCUUCUUUAGUUACAAUGGCUCAAAAAGCUGGUUUGAUGCCUAAUCUCACACCUGCCAAUAGCAAUAAAGAUCCCAAAAGAAGAUAUGGGUGGAAGAAGUUCAACAAAUAUUUUGAUGAAUCCACUAUAAAAUUUAAAUAAUCAAAUCUUGUAAAAAACACGCUGAAUUGUCAUUAAAACCGUAUAUAAGAA